AUGAAGGUACCUUUACACCUGGUAGGAUUUUACCCAAUGGAUGCUAAAGUUUCAUGUUCAUUGGAACACUUUUCAAAAAAUGAUGUGGUGAAAAUAUCUGGAAAAUUUGUGAUUAAAAAAAAUGAAGAUGAUGAACAAGUCAUAAAGGUGGUUCUUUCAGAUCUGGUAAUUUUACCCAUUAGUCCAAGUGAUCUCCCACCAAACCAAAUGAUUGUCACUCUGAAUGCCACAGCCAUGGAUCCUCCAAACAUUACAGAGUUACUACACACUAUCAAAAUAAAUUCCAGUGAAUACAUUGAAUCUAUGAUAUCAAUGGAUUUUACAAUGUACCAUUUAAACACUGACCAGCACCUCCAAAAAACAACCUCUAUGAUCAAAAGGGAAAGCAUAUUGUUUGCCACAGGAAAUCUGGAGAUCCAAGACAUAUGUUUGAUGAUUCGGAUCACAUAUGUAAAUUUUGUUGAGGCGAAAUCACCAUCAUCUGUUCUGAGCUCACCAAAGGCUGGCUGGGAGUGGGCAAGCCAGAAGAAUGCUAAAAAGUCAUCGUCAUUAUCAUCAUUGGGUGCUGUGAUUGAAAGCAUUGAAAAUUCCAACAACAAAAAAUCAUCAAGUAAAAGAAAAUCUGCAAAACAAAAUCCCACAUUCAAAAUAAAAAUUCCGAAGCUGGCAGAAAUUGCAGUUAACACUACCAAAGAGGUUGAACAAGAUCAUUCUGAUUUGGCAGCUGGUGCUGAUGAUGAACCUAACAUUGUGGAAUAA